AGGCAGCGUGACUCUGCGUCGCUCUGCGUCUCUUUGCGUCGCUCUGUUACCGUUGACCCCGCACACAACCAUGGCGCUGCUCUGCAGGUCCACAGGGUUACUUCUCAAGCACAGUAAACUGCUGCCCUCCGCGCUAGCAGCUGCGAGGCCAUGCAGUUCAGGUGGCCAGUAUCAGUACAUACUAGUUGACAAAAAAGGUGAAAAGAAGAAUAUUGGCUUCAUCCAGCUGAACAGACCAAAGGCUCUGAAUGCUCUUUGUGAUGGGCUCAUGCUGGAGGUGGGCAAAGCCCUCGAUGCAUUCGAGGAGGACGGUGAAGUGGGAGCGAUUAUCAUCACAGGAAGCGAAAAGGCCUUUGCCGCCGGGGCUGAUAUUAAAGAGAUGCAGAAUCGGACGUUUCAAGAGUGCUACGGUGGGAACUUCUUGGCGCACUGGAACAGGAUAUCAACAGUUAAAAAGCCCGUUAUCGCAGCUGUCAAUGGAUUUGCGCUUGGUGGAGGAUGCGAGUUUGCCAUGAUGUGUGAUAUAAUCUAUGCUGGGGAGAAAGCACAGUUUGGACAACCAGAAAUCCUGCUCGGGACCAUUCCUGGUUCCGGUGGCACUCAGAGGCUUACAAGAGCAGUGGGAAAAUCCCUCUCAAUGGAGAUGGUUCUCACAGGAGACCGAAUAUCAGCUCAGGAGGCCAAACAGUCUGGUCUGGUAAGUAAAGUGUUUCCGGUGGAUCAGCUGGUUUCAGAAGCGAUCAAAUGUGGAGAGAAAAUAGCUGGCAAUUCCAAACUCGUCUCGGCCAUGGCAAAGGAAGCCGUUAACGCAGCAUUUGAACUGACUUUAGCUGAGGGCAAUCGGCUCGAGAAAAGAUUGUUCCAUGCAACCUUUGCGACGGAGGACAGAAAGGAGGGCAUGACUGCUUUUGUCGAGAAGCGAAAGGCAGCUUUCCAGGACAAGUAAAGUUCCAGCGGAAAAUAUGGUGAUUUUCAAACCGCUGUGUUUAGUUUGUGGUCAAACGCUGUUAUUAAAAUACUCUAAUUUGCCUUAAUUUUCUUAUCAAGUGUUAAUAAUAAAAAUAAAAAAAAAAAUCAGGAUCUUUGCAUUCGGGUUGACAAACAAAUGAGUAGUUCAAUGAGCUCACUAUUACCUUGAUUUAUACAUUAAUCAUUUCUUAUUAAUGUCUGCUAUUAUCACCUUGAGACCUUCUUUGCUGACAGACUAUAAAUAGAGGUCCAGUGCAGUACUGUGUGUGAUUUAAACACGUCCUUUGUACUAAUAUACACUUUAGCAGUUAGGAGAGAGAUUAAGGCAUUGCCCUUACCUUUCGAAAUGGUUUGUAAUUACUAUAAAACAAUAUUGAAGAUUGUUAUAAGCCUUUGAUUUGAACAGUUCGUGUGUUAAUAUGGCGAUUAUUUGAUUAAAAUGAAUUGUGAAAAGA